ACCUAUGCAGGCACUUCAUCUUGAGGGUGGCGUGCACCGGCGGAUCUGGAGUCACUUUGGAGAGAUCUGGUCUCCUGUUGUGCUACUCCGGCGGCCUCUCACUUUCUCUUUUCCGCCAAUCUCGAGUCCCGCCCCCUCCUCACAGUCCGCCCUCUGUCCUCCCCUAUUCUCUUUCCCUGCCUUCCUCAUUGCCUCCUUCCCUCUCUGUGCACUCCCCCCAAGACAGUGGAUGAGACUGGGUAGUAAGAUGUGAUUUUUCUCCUCGGGAGUCUUGGCUUUCCCGCUGAAACUAGCCCCUCUACCCACACCCAGAAAGCUAGAGUGAUGCAGGAACUCAGCCUGGUUUUGCCCCAGUUUGGGUUUUUCUAGGUCUUUACGAAGACAGACCUCUCUGGAGGUGGCGGGGACACUCUCCAAUUUGGAGGACGGAAAAGGAGAGGAAUUCUUUAAAUUGCUGAAGCUCCGUCUCUCCAGAUUGUAUUCCCUGUUCAGGAACACAGCGGUCCCUCCUGGCUAGAUCAGUGGAUGAGGGGGUCUGCAGUGUGUGUUGCCGGGGGUGUGGGUGGUGGUGGUGGGGGUGUCUGUUUGAUGGGCUGGGGAAAGACCCAGGUUCUGGGCUGUGCCUCCUUGGGGACAGAAUGCACCUGUCGACUAGGUGGAGGUCCUCCCAGCCCGGAUGCCCCCAGGAAUACCCUCUCCUGCUGCGGCUGUCCUGGACUCUACUCUCCCCUCUCCUCCUGAUAUCCUGUGCGUGUGCAGGGUCGGGAGGGGGACCGAGAAGGCAAGCUGCCUGUAAUGAUUAACCCCACAGACACGCUAGCAUUCUUCCCAAAUUAAACUUUAAAAGAGCUACCCCUCGUCCUCCCAUUGGGUAUUUUUUCCAGAGUGAGAGAGUGGGCGGGGCCUGGGGUCCUGGUCCUCCCUUCAACUCAGGCCACCUAUAAGUUUUUCGCCUGGGCCCUGCAGCCUAAGUGCUCCUCUAAAGGUUAAGCCUCCCCCAACUACAGUAAAUCCUGAUGGAGGUAGGGCGUGGAGUCCUGAGCCAGAUAGGGGCCCUUGGCCACAUCCAGACCCCCAGCCCAGGCCUCUGCCUUGCCAGCCCUUCCCCCAACCUUGGGAAUCAGGGUUGUUUACUGUUGGCCCUGAAUACUGGGCCUGGCCACCCGCCCUAGGGGCCAGCCAGGUGGGGCAAGAUUCAGGAAGUAAACAAGAAGGCUAGGAGGGCGGGAACGAGGGUAGGGCUGAGUCUCUGGGGCAGGAGAGGCAGUUGGGGGUAGCUGGUUGCCAGGCCAGCCCCAGUUGUGAUGGAGGGGACAAAUUGAUUGUGGGGGUUGGUUUCUCCAACAGAGGCUUUUCCAGGGCCCCGGCCUGAAAGCUCUAGACCUCUUGGGAGGAGGUGCCAGACUCACAGCUAGGACCCUGUUCUCCUCUCCCUUCAUCCCUUUGUUCUCAACUGUUCACCCCUGGUCUGAAGGCCAAACUCCAAUCUUGAGUGGGUCUUCUCUGACAACUGAUGCCAGAUUCUAAUCUGAUUGGAAUCCACUCCCUUCCCCUUUCCACUGCCCUCAGGGAUUCUCUAUUCCUCCUCUCACCCCAGUUGGUCUGUGACUUCCAGGGAAGUGUGUUCAACAAGUUUUCUUGUUCAACACUCCAUUCCCUGCAGCCCUUCCCCCACCCCUCCCUCAAGCAAAGGCACCUGUGCUAUUUGCCCAGGUUAGACAGGGUGAGAGUGGGGCAUUGUGCCUUUGUGUCUAUUGAUGUUGGAUGUGUGGAUUUGUCUUACCGUUCCUGGCAGGACACUUGAGCUCCCUCCCUGACCUUUUGCCCUGUUGCCUAUCUGGCAUCCUGGGUGUUUUGACUUUCUGCUCCAGCUCUUGUGGUACUCUGACAGGACACCAGGGAGAGUGUGCUAGGAGGGAACUCAUUCCCCCGGUGAUGCAGAUGCCAUGGAGCUGGAUCUGUCUCCAACACAGCUCAGCUGCUCCCCAGAAGACCUGUGCACAGCCCCUGAGACUCCUCCUGGGACUCCCCCACUCCCUGAUGUCCCUCUGCCUGGGGAAGUGAAGAGGUCGCAGCCUCUGCCCAUCCCAACCAGCAGGAAACUUCGAGAGGAAGAGCUGCGGGCGACCUCUCUACCUUCCAUUCCCAACCCCUUCCCUGAGCUCUGCAGCUCUCCUUCACAGCCCCCCAUUCUUGGGGGUCCCUUCAGUGCCAGGGGGCUACUCCCACGAGAUGCCAGCCGCCCUCAUCAGGUAGUGAAAGUGUACAGCGAGGAUGGGUCCUGCAGGUCUGUGGAGGUAGCUGCAGGUGCCACAGCUCGCCACGUAUGUGAAAUGCUGGUGCAGAGAGCUCACGCCCUGAGUGAUGAGACCUGGGGGUUGGUGGAGUGCCACCCCCACCUAGCACUGGAACGGGGUUUGGAGGACCAUGAGUCUGUGGUGGAGGUGCAGGCUGCCUGGCCUGUGGGUGGAGACAGCCGCUUUGUCUUCCGGAAAAACUUUGCCAAGUACGAGCUGUUCAAGAGCUCUCCACACUCCCUAUUCCCAGAAAAGAUGGUCUCCAGUUGUCUUGACACGCAAACAGGUGUAUCCCAUGAGGACCUCAUCCAGAACUUCCUGAAUGCAGGCAGCUUCCCUGAGAUCCAGGGCUUCCUGCAGCUGCGUGGAUCUGGACGCAAGCUUUGGAAACGCUUUUUCUGCUUCCUGCGCCGGUCUGGCCUCUAUUACUCUACCAAGGGCACCUCCAAGGACCCGAGGCACCUGCAGUAUGUGGCAGAUGUGAGUGAGUCCAAUGCGUAUGUGGUUACUCAGGGCCGCAAGCUCUAUGGGAUGCCUACAGAAUUCGGCUUCUGUGUCAAGCCCAACAAGCUUCGAAAUGGCCAUAAGGGGCUUCGGAUCUUCUGCAGUGAGGAUGAGCAGAGCCGCACCUGUUGGCUGGCGGCCUUCCGCCUCUUCAAGUAUGGGGUGCAGUUGUAUAAGAAUUAUCAGCAGGCACAGUCUCGCCACCUGCGCCCAUCUGGUUUGGGUUCCCCACCCUUGAGAAGCGUCUCAGAUAAUACCCUGGUGGCCAUGGACUUCUCUGGCCAUGCUGGGCGUGUGAUCGAGAACCCCCGGGAAGCUCUGAGUGCAGCCUUGGAGGAAGCCCAGGCCUGGAGGAAGAAGACGAACCACCGCCUCAGCCUGCCUACCCCAUGCUCUGGCACAAGCCUCAGUGCAGCCAUCCACCGCACCCAGCCCUGGUUCCAUGGGCGCAUUUCCCGUGAGGAGAGCCAGCGGCUUAUUGGACAGCAGGGCCUGGUAGACGGCCUGUUCCUCGUUCGGCAGAGUCAGAGGAACCCACAGGGUUUUGUCCUCUCUUUGUGCCACUUACAGAAAGUCAAACACUAUCUCAUCCUGCCUAGUGAGGAGGAGGGCCGCCUGUACUUCAGCAUGGACGAUGGCCAGACCCGCUUCACUGACCUGCUGCAGCUCGUGGAGUUCCACCAGCUGAACCGCGGCAUUCUGCCUUGUGUGCUGCGCCACUGCUGCACCUGUGUGGCCCUCUGACCAUAGCAUGAGCCAGCUCGGAUCCCAGCCGACUUCAGGCCACCCACUACCCCUCCACUCACCCAGUGGACUUCAGGGUGCAGAAGCCGGGGAUGGGAUGGUGAAUAAUUCAAGGGCUGCUCACUCAGCUUUGUCCUUUGCUACUUUGCUUCCCUCACGUGGUUACCCUUGACCCCUCUCCUCCAGGGAAGGUGCUCAGGUGGCCCCUUCCCCUCUGAGAGCUCCUGGAGCACUGCUCUGGGGCAGGGCAUUAUGGGAGAAAUGGGGGCUGCCCAGGUGGUUUUAUGCACCACACUUUGUACAGACUGAGAAGCCAGUUGAUCUGUUCUGUUUUAUACUAAUGACAAUAAAAAUUAUUUUUUUAUA